AUGAAUGAACCUGCACCUGAGGAGAGCUCCAUCAGAGUAAGCACAAGUUUCUUUGAUGAUCAAAAAAUGAAAUCUUUACAAGAAUGGGACGAUGUUUUUGUUUCUUUGUUAUCAAUCUGGUCCUGUUUUUUCGUAAUUCAGAUGGAUGGUGAAAGCUCUGUGUACACUCUGAAUAAGGCACAUGCUUCUGUUGCCUUUGGGAAAUUCCAAAUGGAUGGUGAAAGCCCUGUGUACACUGUGGAUGAGGCACUUACUUCAGUGGGGUUUGGGAAAUUCCAGAUACUGGUGCUUGUUUAUGCCGGUCUAGGUUGGUUUUCAGAAGCAAUGGAACUUAUGAUUCUCUCUUUUGUCGGACCAGCGGUUAAGUCCCAGUGGGAUCUCUCCGACGACCAAGAGAGUCUGAUAUCAACCGUAGUCUUCGCUGGGAUGCUUGUUGGAGGAUUUUCUCUUGGCCUUAUUUCUGAUUGCUACGGGAGGAGGAAGGGUUUGUUAGGAUUAAAUCUUCUAACUUGCGUAGCUGGAGUAUUAAGUACUUUCUCCCCAAAUUAUGCAUCCCUGGUAACACUUCGUUUUUUCGUUGGCUUUGGCGUGGGCGGUGGAGAUGUAUUCGUCACCUGGUUCCUGGAGUUUGUUCCUGCUUCACAUAGAGGCAUAAGGAUGAUUUUCCUCUCAUUCUUCUGGACAUUUGGAACCAUUUUUGAGGCUGCGCUCGCAUGGAUUGUGAUGCCAGGAUUGGGUUGGAGAUGGCUACUUGGACUCUCCUCUUUACCAUCAAUUGCUAUGCUUCUCUUUUAUUCUCUAGUACCAGAGUCACCGAGGUAUUUAUGCACGAAAGGUAGAAUAACCGAUGCACAUAAAAUUCUUGAGAAGAUAGCUCGGUUGAACCAAUCAAAACUCCCUCCUGGAAUGCUUGUUUCUGAUAGUACAGUUGGACGGGAUGAAGAAUCUGCCAACUCAGAAUCUACCCCUCUACACUCCACAACUAGAAAAAUGGAUUUGGAUCUUAGAUCAGGUUUCUCGUCAUUGGUUACUCUUUUCUCAUCAAAAUUUGUUCGAACGACACUUCUUCUAUGGGCGUUAUGCUUUGGAAAUGUAUUCUCAUAUUACGGUAUCCUGUUGCUGGCUUCAGAGUUAAGUAGUGCGCAAAGCCAAUGUGGCUCAAGUAAUGCCAUGUUUUCAAAAAUUCUUCAGGAUGACAGCCUCUACGUAAAUGUAUUUAUUACUAGUUUGGCAGAGAUUCCUGGGCUUCUGAUAUCAGCAAUUAUGGUAGAUAGAAUUGGCCGCAAGUUUACGGUAGCAUUUCUGUUUGUAUUGGCUUGUAUUUCCCUUUUACCUCUGGUUCACCGUCAGCCUGCAACUUUAACAACAGUGUUGUUGUUCGGAGCUCGCAUGAGUACCAAUGGAGCCUUCACGGUUUCUGCAAUAUAUGGUCUGGAGUUAUAUCCAACGGCUUUGAGGGCAACUGCUGGUGGAGCUGCAGGUGCUGUAGGGAGAGUUGGUGGCAUGAUAUGCCCUCUUGUGGCAGUUGCACUGGUGACCAGUUGCCGGCUUACGGAAGCUAUCAUACUGUUUGAGGUUGUGAUGGCUAUUUCAACAGUCUGUGUCCUGCUUGUACGCGUUGAAACCAAGGGAAAGGAGUUGAGUGACAGCAUAGAUCAUGUAUCUGAUUCAGAGCAAGCUGCUGAUGUUCGGUAG